AAAUGAGAGCGUCCUGAAGCAGAAGCUAUUAGAAGAGCGUGCAGAAACCUGCAGCGAUUUAUGCUUUAUUUUGUCUUCCUAGCUAUGGAUUAGAAGGACUGAUUUCUGCAAUGGGCUUUUUCCAUAAUGGCUUUCUUGUAUUGUUUGGUCAGAGCUUGCACAGGAGGAAAACAGGCUGCUGAAUUUAGUCACUGAUCUCUAUUAGCCGUGGCCUAAGGCUAUGCUGAGAUUUAUAUCCCAUUUGUAUUGUUGCAGCUCAAAAGAAGAAUGUUCAGAGGAUGACAAGUGUAUUCUGAGUAGAUCUCUGGUGGAAGAGGAGGAUCCUCAUAUGAAAGUAUCUCUUGGUAGCAGCGAUAUGGGCGUCUCUGCCCAUCUGCAGUCAUCAAAGACAGGGACCACAAGAUUUUUCACCAGCAACACUCACAGUUCCGUGGUGUUACAGGGUUUUGACCAGCUGCGAGUGGAAGGUUUGCUGUGUGAUGUGACCCUUGUUCCAGGAGAUGGUGAUGAGGUGUUUCCUGUCCACAGAGCAAUGAUGGCUUCUGCAAGUGACUACUUCAAGGCCAUGUUCACAGGAGGAAUGAAGGAACAGGACUUAAUGUGCAUCAAGCUUCAUGGCGUCAACAAAAUAGGCCUGAAGAAGAUCAUUGAUUUCAUUUAUACUGCAAAGCUUUCCCUUAACAUGGACAACCUUCAGGACACUCUGGAAGCUGCCAGUUUUUUGCAGAUUUUACCUGUUUUGGACUUCUGUAAAGUGUUUCUUAUCUCUGGGGUUUCCUUGGAAAACUGUGUUGAGGUUGGGCGAAUUGCCAACACAUACAAUCUCACAGAAGUGGAUAAAUAUGUUAAUAAUUUCAUCCUAAAGAACUUCCCCGCGUUAUUAAGUACUGGUGAAUUUGUGAAACUCCCCUUUGAACGUCUUGCCUUUGUGCUUUCAAGUAAUAGCCUUAAGCACUGCACUGAACUUGAACUCUUCAAGGCGGCUUGUCGCUGGCUGCGGUUUGAAGAGCCUCGAAUGGAAUAUGCUGCAAAGCUAAUGAAGAACAUCAGAUUUCCUUUGAUGACACCCCAGGAUCUUAUUAACUACGUUCAAACAGUGGACUUCAUGAGAACUGACAACACCUGUGUAAACUUGCUUUUGGAAGCCAGCAACUACCAAAUGAUGCCAUACAUGCAACCAGUUAUGCAGUCGGAGAGAACUGCCAUUCGGUCAGACAGCACUCACUUGGUAACGUUGGGGGGAGUGCUGAGGCAGCAGCUGGUUGUCAGCAAAGAACUACGCAUGUAUGACGAAAAAGCCCAUGAAUGGAAAUCAUUAGCUCCCAUGGAUGCGCCGAGGUACCAGCAUGGCAUUGCUGUCAUUGGAAACUUUCUUUAUGUAGUUGGAGGCCAGAGCAAUUACGACACGAAAGGAAAGACGGCAGUUGACACGGUCUUCAGAUUCGAUCCCCGCUACAACAAGUGGAUGCAAGUCGCGUCUUUAAACGAGAAGCGCACCUUCUUCCACCUAAGUGCCCUGAAAGGACAUUUGUAUGCAGUGGGUGGUCGAAAUGCAGCGGGUGAGCUAGCCACUGUGGAAUGCUACAAUCCCAGAAUGAACGAAUGGAGCUACGUUGCAAAAAUGAACGAACCCCACUAUGGUCAUGCUGGAACUGUAUAUGGAGGUUUAAUGUACAUUUCAGGGGGAAUUACCCAUGAUACUUUCCAGAAGGAACUUAUGUGCUUUGACCCUGACACAGACAAAUGGACUCAGAAAGCUCCGAUGACGACAGUCAGAGGUCUGCAUUGCAUGUGUACUGUAGGAGACAAGCUCUAUGUUAUUGGUGGAAAUCACUUUAGAGGAACAAGUGAUUAUGAUGAUGUUCUAAGCUGUGAAUAUUACUCAACAACUCUAGACCAGUGGACUCCAAUUGCUGCCAUGUUACGUGGGCAAAGUGAUGUUGGGGUUGCUGUCUUUGAAAAUAAAAUCUAUGUAGUUGGAGGAUAUUCUUGGAAUAACCGCUGUAUGGUGGAAAUAGUUCAGAAAUACGAUCCAGAAAAAGAUGAGUGGCAUAAAGUAUUUGACCUUCCAGAAUCUCUUGGUGGCAUUCGAGCCUGCACUCUUACUGUUUUCCCACCGGAGGACAACACGGGGUCACCGUCCAGAGAAUCUCCUCUUUCAGCACCUUAGAAACAUCCCUUGACUUACGAUGUUGUAGUAACACCUUUGCACUGCAUCAUGGAGUCUAUUACUUUCCUUCAGUAGUUUCUGUUAGGCUUAGCCUACAGCGUUUGGUACAAUUACUGGAAAAAAAAAAAUGAUUUUGACAUUACUUGUGCUGUUUGUUUGGCCUAGAAUGUUUGUGAAGUGGUUAACAAAGAAAACCCUGUACUCACUUGAGCCAAGCGUUUAACAGAUGAGAAGAUGCUGUCUGUAAAAUGUAUGAAUUAGGUACGUUAUUAAUGUUGUGUAUUGGGUGUGAGGUGCCUCUAACUUCAUUUGGAAGCCCAAUGAAUCAAAUUUGAACUUCGUAUUGAAUGCAUUCUUUCACUGAAUUUCAUAAUUGAAAUCCUUUUUCCAUUCAUUUUCAACUGCAGAUUACAAAGGGAGGUAGACUACAUCAGUAUAAACUGUCCCAAGGUGGCCAAGGGGCCUGAGCUACCUCCCUCCUUUCCGAGUAUUUCUGACAUAUCUGUUGACCCACCUGAUUUUGUGGGUUCUUUCAGAGCAUAUGAAGUUCCUUAGGCAGAGGGAAGAAAUAAAUAAUUUUAAUAAUCAGUACUAUACAGGAAGUGGACCUUGUAGAGGUCGGGAGUUUUUUAUAACACACGGAGUGUUUUUUCAUGAGUCAGUUAAGUGAUGCUUCAAGCAACAGACUUAAAAUAUUUGGGUAUUUUUGAGUCUUUUCAGGAAUUGGCUUCUGCUUGUGUGGGAGCACACGCUAUAACAAAUGGGAAUUCGGUGCAGCUGUAUAUUCUGUUGUACAUUUGUACUGAAUAUAGGUGGAUAAGGGCUAGAAACGUUCACUUAAGCCACUGAAUUUGACCAAAUUGUUCCAUCAGUUGAAAUUCAAUCUACCUUUUCUCCUUUGCUGUUGAGCCAACUUGCAUAACGUGUCCUCUGUAUAGUUCUCUGUUAAUAGGAUUAUUCAGCACAAGGCGCAGCUUCAGCAGGAGAGCUGCUUUUGCUCAGUGAACUUGGACUACCACGUUUUACCUUCUUUGGUUCAAUAAAACUUUUAACUGCA